AUGGCAAACUUAAAAAUAUGUCGAAUUUGUUUACAAACUGAAGCUAAGGUUUAUAGUUAUGUCCAAUAUCAACUUAAAUCUUAUUAUGAAGAAAUUUUAGCUUUAAAACUAAGUGAAAUGGACAGCUUACCCCAGUAUUUUUGUUUCCAGUGUGCAAUACUUUUGCACAAGUAUCAUAAGUUUAAAGAAAAAUGUCACUUUGGUCAAAAAAUACUGCAAGAGAUUCUAUGGAAGGGCCCGAUUACUUAUGGAACUAUAAAAAUGAUUGAUAGAACAAAUUUAAAACUUUUGCAUAAAUCUCCACAACAAAAAGUCAUAUUUAUUGAUGCAAGUGAAAAUGGAAUCCAUCCAAUAGACAAUAUUUUAAUUAAAGAAGAGGAUAAAAACGAAGGUGCCACAGAAAAAAUAGAAAUUGUUGAUGAUAACAAGAAUUUCGACAAUGAAGAUAACUUUGAAAUAACCUUUGAAGACAACAGGGAAAUUGAUGUUUCUGUGACUGAAACAGUAAACACUAGUAGUCCUGUUUUAAAAAAGACUAAAAACAAAAUAAAAGAUAAAAACACAAGAUUGAAAGCAAAAGAAAGAAAAUCUAAAGUAAAAAGGAAAGAAGACAAUGUAAAAGAUAAAAAUAGUAAUAAUAAACAUGAUCAGAACAAAGAGAAAGUUGUCAAAAGAUUAAUUUUAAUGGAUGCGAGUAAGUGGAAGAAGUUUGACCUGACUGAAGAAGAUGCAAUACAGGAAUUCAGAGCAAAGUCGUAUGAUGAAAAAUAUACAGCUGCUGCAUACAAAUGUACAGAUUGCUUAAAGGGUUUCUCUGAAGAGGACAUGUUGAAACGCCAUAUUAAAAUUAGACAUAGUGAGUCUCAAGGCUCAAUAGAAUGCCAGUUCUGUCGCAUGCGGUUCAAAAGGAAAUGCCGUCUGCGACAACACAUCCGUGAACAUUACACUAAGUUCAAAUGCUUGCGGUGCAACUUUAUAUGUGUGUUAGAAAGCACAGCGUUAAGUCAUGAGCAAUUUCAUAAUGGUGUCACAAGGAAAUGCAAGUAUUGUGGAAAAGAAUUUCGAUACUCAUCAACAUACUAUACACAUUUACGCACACACAGAAGCCAGUUCGUGUGCACUCUGUGCGGUUCCUCCUUCGUCAGCGAGGCGGGUCUGCAUCAGCACAAACGCGUCAAACAUUGUACCAGCGAUAUAAGCUUAGAAAAAGAAGACAAAGAAGAAGAAGCCAACAAGUUCUGUUCUAGAUGUAACAUCCAAUUUGAAACUACGAAAGCGUAUGAAGAGCACUUGUACCAUUCUACACUACAUGCGGAUGAAAAUGGAACUGAAAUUGACGUGACUAAAACUCUUAACAUUUUAGAAAGAGCUACACAAGAAAAGGUAACGAGUUUGUUCAAGAGAAGAAAGAUCGAUGAUAUAUCAUUCAAAUCUGGCAAGAGAUGUAAAAAGCCGACCACAUGCCACCAGUGCGGGAAACACUUCAGCACCCAGUCCGCGUGCAUGAAGCAUCACUUGGAGGAACACCCUGGAACUUCAUUCUGUCCGCCCAAUUUGAGGCAUAUUUGUGAGAUAUGUGGCGCCUCGCUUGCUCCCGGUAGUGUGGCGGUACACAAGAACAUGCACACGCGCGAGAAGAUAUUCGCGUGUUCCACCUGCGGCCGGCAGUUCUACGAGAGUGUGGGCCUCAAGCGGCAUAUGUUGACACAUACAGGAGAAAAGCCUUUCGCAUGCACGUCUUGUGACAAAAGAUUCACACAAAGUGCAAGUUUGAAGCUCCACUAUAGAACCUUUCAUCUUAAACAGCCGUAUCCUAAAAGAAACCGAAGAAAAAAGGAG